UCGAGUUUGCUGGUUGCAGAGAUCCCCUUCGAGAUUCGCGUCCUUAUUUAUAUUACCCGACGACGUGACAUCAAGGCUCACAUCAAGGCUCGGGAAAAGUCGGGCAUGGUCGGAAUGUGGUGGGAAGUGUGACAGCUUUAGCGACAACAUUUCUCGACUCCCAGUUUCUUGUUCCCAAAAGGCCGGAUCCCAAUGGCGAAUCGACUCACUGGCCAGCUCUUAAGACACUCCACGCAAAGAGUUCAUCAAAGACUCUUCUCAAGUACUUCCACUGUCAUGUCGGAACAGCAAUUCCGUGUGGAAAGGGACACAUUCGGCGAGCUACAGGUCCCGGCUGACCGUUACUGGGGUGCUCAGACUCAGCGUUCCCUCCAAAAUUUUGAUAUUGGUGGACCUGCUGAGCGCCUACCUCCUCCCCUGAUUAAAGCCUUCGGUGUCUUGAAGAAGGCUGCCUCUAUCGUCAAUGUCACCUACGGACUGGACCCCAAAGUUGGCUCGGCUAUCCAACAGGCUGCUGAUGAUGUCAUCGCGGGCAAGCUUACGGACCAUUUCCCGCUCGUGGUUUUCCAGACUGGCAGCGGAACCCAGAGCAACAUGAAUGCCAACGAGGUCAUCUCGAAUAGGGCGAUUGAGAUCCUCGGUGGUGAGCUUGGCUCCAAGAAGCCGGUUCACCCCAACGACCACGUUAACAUGAGCCAGAGCAGUAACGAUACCUUCCCCACUGCUAUGCACGUUGCAGCUGUCACUGAGAUCAAUCAGUCCCUGCUCCCUGCAUUGAUCGAAUUGCGAGAUGCUCUGGAUGCCAAGUCCAAGGCAUUUGAUCAUAUCAUCAAGAUUGGACGCACUCACCUUCAGGAUGCUACACCGCUUACUCUCGGCCAAGAGUUCAGCGGAUAUGUUCAGCAAUUGACGAACGGGAUUGAGCGUGUCAAGGCCACCUUGCCGAGACUCAGCUGUCUCGCACAGGGUGGAACGGCCGUUGGUACUGGAUUGAACACCAAAAAAGGCUUCGAUGUGAAGGUUGCUGCCGAAGUAUCGAAACUCACCGGGUUGGAGUUUGUGACUGCACCGAACAAGUUCGAAGCACUGGCUUCCCACGAUGCUUUGGUCGAGGCACACGGCGCUCUCAAUGUACUUGCCGUCUCUCUGAUGAAGAUUGCCAACGACAUCCGUUACCUCGGUUCUGGCCCUCGCUGUGGACUCGGGGAACUGAGUCUGCCAGAGAACGAGCCUGGGAGCAGCAUCAUGCCUGGCAAAGUCAACCCCACACAAUGUGAGGCGCUGACGAUGGUGGCUGCCCAAGUCAUGGGCAACAACACCACUGUCAGCAUUGCUGGCUCCAACGGACAAUUCGAACUGAACGUAUUCAAACCGGUUAUCAUCAAGAACGUCCUACAAAGCAUCCGCUUGCUUGCUGAUGGGUCACGCUCCUUCACCAAGCACUGCGUUGUCGGCAUCGAGGCUAACGAGAAACGGAUCAAUACGCUGCUGAACGAGUCCCUGAUGUUGGCGACUAUUCUGAACAGUCAUCUUGGAUAUGACAAUGUUGCCAAAUGUGCGAAGAAGGCCCAUAAAGAAGGCACCACCCUCAAAGAGGCCACCGUUUCGCUUGGGUUCCUCUCUGAGGCCGAGUUCGACAGCAAAGUCAAGCCGGAAUUGAUGUUGCACCCCGAUCCUUAGUUACUUAUAUCAAUACCAUGUCGCCGUGCGCUACUUACUUGCUCCCCCAACAAAGCUGUUUGUUUGGUGUGUUCUAGAACACCAGAAAACCGUGUGUAAUAGCACAGCCACUCGAUGUCAGAACCAAUCUGGGCAUGCAUAGGAACAGGGAGUCAGACGGAACCCUGAUGCCUUGAGGUCAGAGGAACCUCAAAUGAAAAAUGCUCUUCAAAGUCAUCGUCAAAAAUGCGAAUGCAGAUGGUUUCCCGUCGCUAGCUUUG